GCCCGGCAGGGAGGGGCGGGAGCACGGGGGCCGGGCGGCUCCGGGCCUCGCUUCCACCUGCUCGCGCUGCGGUCCUCUACCUGGGCCCGCGCCCGCCUCGGCCCAUGGCAGCGUCCGCGGCCCUGUCUGCGGCGGCGGCGGCGGCAGCCCUGUCGGGCCUGGCCGUGCGACUGUCGCGCUCGGCCGCGGCGCGCGGCUCCUACAGCGCCUUCUGCAAGGGGCUCACGCGCACGCUGCUCACCUUCUUCGACCUGGCCUGGCGGCUGCGCAUGAACUUCCCCUACGUCUACGUCUUGGCCUCGGUGAUGCUCAACGUGCGCCUGCAGGUGCGGAUCGAGUGAGCGCCCGCCGCCACCGCCGCCGCCCGGCCACGACAGCAGGGGCGCUGGCAUGAGGGACGGCGGGGCCAGGGGCCACCUAGACGGGCGGGAAGGAGUCGAGACCGCUCGGGCCCCCGGGCCUUAGACCUCCGCGGAGGACACGGCCACCGAGCUCGGACCUGGCCGUGACCCGCCCACCCACGUCGCGGCUGGAGACGCGGCGCACAGAAACCCGCGAAACGGGCCCUUUGCGUUGGCCUCGACCUGUUGCCUCCCCUUGGCCGAAGAGGAAAGCAGAAGGAAGACAUUCUUCAGCCGGAAAGUGAAAGACUGGCCCGGACCCAAAAGGACCUGGUGUUACAGGAGGUGACCCGCUCCUUCUCUGGUCUCCUCAAGGGAGGCAAGGUGGGCCCAGAGCUGCCUGGGGAGCAGCCAAGAGAAGGGCCCGACCCAGGAGGAGAGGAAGGGCCUUCCAGGCAGAGACCCUGAGGGCUGGGCUGGCCCAGUGGUCUGGUUCUGGCGAGAGGAAGGAAGGACGGACCUAGGACGCUGUGGGGGAGCUCUGUCCUCCUCACCCACUGACUGGGGACACUGGGGCUCCCGGAGGGGGGAUUGGCCCUUGUCACACAGAUAAGAAGCAGUGGAGCUGAAUCUGCCUUUGGCCUGCACCCCCACCCCACCCCAGAGUCUUCCGGAAGACCUGGCACUGUGGGAUGGGGGAGGGGAGCCCAGGCUCCCUGGGGACUCGGGGGGAGGGCAUGGGAAGGUGGGAAACUAGCUCUCCUUGGGGUGUGUGGGAGGUCACAGGGAAGACCAGGGGACAGUCUGAGCUGAGAGGGGCCCGGGAGAGACGGGUCCCAGAAGCCCCUGGGGGCCGAGGGCCUCUCCCACAGAGCCGGGCCUCCCCCCCUCCCCAGGCUUGACCCAGGGCCGCUCAGGUGAUGAGGACAAGCCUGUCCAUUUGGGGGACAGGGUGGGGAGGCUGGGGGUGUUGGGUGGCUCCGGAGACAUGAUGUGACCGGGGUGGGGGAAGGCUGAGCCUGGGUGGGAUGGGGCCGAGAGCCACGCGUGACACCCCCCCUCCAUGUCCCCAGGCUGGCCCACCUGCCCAGGAUCGCCUGGGAGAAUCUCCGCUAGCGGGGCUCCCGUGGUCCUGGAGGCCCGGCCAUGCUGUUGACUGGCACCCCGGGAGCGGCGCAGAGGGGGAGCCGGGAGAGCCCCUGGUCCUCCCCCCACCCCCCAGUCCCACGCCUGUCCCCGCACCGGUUGCUCGUGGUCCACGUCCUCAGAGUUCCUGGGACUGAAAACCUCAGCCUGGUUGCCCCAGGGACGGGGUGGCCGAGCCUCACGCCAUCUGCCCUCCUCAGCCACCCAGCUGGAGCCCGGGUCCCGGGUCCCAAGUGAAGAUCUCUGCCGGCCUCACUGGGGCCUGAGGCCACCUGUAGCCCCCCCUCCCCCCACAGACUGUCACAGAGCGGGCCCGAUGGCUUCCUGCCUUGGGCCAAGUUGCCUGGGAGCCCCUGGUCCUGGUGGCCACUCCUCCACCCCAAGCUCGCCCACCCGGGGCCACUUCUGGGAGCCUGAGGACUGCGUCCGUGGAUCUCUGGGACAGCCUCCGAGAGACGGUGCCGCAGGGCUGCAUGGAAGGCAGCGGAGCGUCUAGAAAGUCGGGCAUCGCCUUGAGUCAGACGACUUUCACUUUUCUGUGUGUGCCGAACUCCGCACCGGUCAGCACAGUCUGGUCAGAGCAACGUUCUUGUGUCUGGUGUCGUCAAAUCUUGGCGUCUGUCGAAGAUACGAAAAAAGCCCCAUGAGUUCAAUAAAAUGAAAAGCAAUC